AUUAUUAAUCGAUGUUUCUCUCGAAGGACAAUUGAAGAAAUCAUAUCUACUCUUGAAAGUGAGGUUUUGGACAAGAAGGAUGACUGAAUCUCUUCAACUAUUCAAUCGCUGAAGAAAGCAUCCCCUACAAGUCUUAAAAUUUUCUUGAGAUCAAUAAGAGAAGGGAGGCUUCAAGGUGUUGGUAGUUGCCUUGUCCGUGAGUAUCGGAUGGCUUGUCAUGUGUUGAGGGGAGAAUUUAGCAAGGAUGUUCAUGAGGGAUACAGAGCCAUAUUCAUCGACAGGGAUAAAAAUCCUAAGUGGGAGCCCUCCAGACUGGAACUAAUUAGAGAUGAUGAUGUCGAUCGUUACUUCUCUAAGGUAGAUGAUGAAGAUUGGGAAGACCUAAAGCUGCCUCCAAGAUCAAAUUUGUCUCGGUAUGCAAUUGCCAAGCUUUAAAAUUGACUUCUGAAGAUCAUGCAAUACUCUACAACAUGUUGCCCUCUGUUCACUAGAUAUCAUUAUGAAGGCGUCAAUGAUUAUUAAAUCAGUAUUAAUAUUAUUGCGAAAUGGUACACCAAAUAAAUGCACAUCACUCCUUUGUACAAAUGUCAAAGGUAAGAUAAAUUACUUGCCAUUGAAUUGAGAUGUCAAACCUGAAGCACAAGGGUGGACUAAAU